AUGUCAUCCUUGUCAGCAAGUAAUUCGAGGACAUCGUUAAAGCUAAAGUCUGUUGACUUUAAGAAACUUGGACUAUCAGGCGGAAAAGGACUCGGCAAGGGUGGAGCCAAACGUCACCGCAAGGUGCUCCGUGACAACAUUCAGGGUAUAACGAAGCCUGCUAUUCGUCGUCUAGCUCGUCGUGGUGGUGUAAAGCGAAUUUCCGGGCUCAUUUACGAGGAAACAAGAGGUGUUUUGAAGGUGUUUCUUGAAAACGUAAUUCGUGAUUCAGUCACUUACACGGAACACGCACGUCGCAAAACUGUUACUGCUAUGGACGUCGUUUACGCUCUCAAGCGACAAGGCCGUACUUUGUACGGCUUCGGAGGAUAA